AUGCAUGCAGAAAGAGCAGGAGACACAGGGCUCGAGGCGAGAGCAGGAGACACAGGGCUCGAGGCGAGAGCAGGAGACACAGGGCUCGAGGCGAGAGCAGGACACACAGGGCUCGAGGCGAGAGCAGGAGACACAGGGCUCGAGGCGAGAGCAGGAGACACAGGGCUCGAGGCGAGAGCAGGAGACACAGGGCUCGAGGCGAGAGCAGGAGACACAGGGCUCGAGGCGAGAGCAGGAGACACAGGGCUCGAGGCGAGAGCAGGAGACACAGGGCUUGAGGCGAGAGCAGGAGACACAGGGCUCGAGGCGAGAGCAGGAGACACAGGGCUCGAGGCGAGAGCAGGAGACACAGGGCUCGAGGCGAGAGCAGGAGACACAGGGCUCGAGGCGAGAGCAGGAGACACAGGGCUCGAGGCGAGAGCAGGACACACAGGGCUCGAGGCGAGAGCAGGAGACACAGGGCUCGAGGCGAGAGCAGGAGACACGGGGCUCGAGGCGAGAGCAGGAGACACAGGGCUUGAGGCGAGAGCAGGAGACACAGGAGACACAGGGCUCGAGGCGAGAGCAGGACACACAGGGCUCGAGGCGAGAGCAGGAGACACAGGGCUCGAGGCGAGAGCAGGAGACACAGGGCUCGAGGCGAGAUCAGGAGACACAGGGCUCGAGGCGAGAGCAGGAGACACAGGGCUCGAGGCGAGAGCAGGAGACACAGGGCUCGAGGCGAGAUCAGGAGACACAGGGCUCGAGGCGAGAGCAGGAGACACAGGGCUCGAGGCGAGAGCAGGAGACACAGGGCUCGAGGCGAGAGCAGGAGACACAGGGCUCGAGGCGAGAGCAGGAGACACAGGGCUCGAGGCGAGAGCAGGAGACACAGGGCUUGAGGCGAGAGCAGGAGACACAGGGCUCGAGGCGAGAGCAGGAGACACAGGGCUUGAGGCGAGAGCAGGAGACACAGGGCUCGAGGAGAGAGCAGGAGACACAGGGCUCGAGGCGAGAGCAGGAGACACAGGGCUCGAGGCGAGAGCAGGAGACACAGGGCUCGAGGCGAGAGCAGGAGACACAGGGCUCGAGGCGAGAGCAGGAGACACAGGGCUUGAGGCGAGAGCAGGAGACACAGGGCUCGAGGCGAGAGCAGGACACACAGGGCUCGAGGCGAGAGCAGGAGACACAGGGCUUGAGGCGAGAGCAGGAGACACAGGGCUCGAGGCGAGAGCAGGAGACACAGGGCUUGAGGCGAGAGCAGGAGACACAGGGCUCGAGGCGAGAGCAGGAGACACAGGGCUCGAGGCGAGAGCAGGAGACACAGGGCUUGAGGCGAGAGCAGGAGACACAGGGCUCGAGGCGAGAGCAGGAGACACAGUGCUCGAGGCGAGAGCAGGAGACACAGGGCUUGAGGCGAGAGCAGGAGACACAGGGCUCGAGGCGAGAGCAGGAGACACAGGGCUUGAGGCGAGAGCAGGAGACACAGGGCUUGAGGCGAGAGCAGGAGACACAGGGCUUGAGGCGAGAGCAGGACACACAGGGCUCGAGGCGAGAGCAGGAGACACAGGGCUCGAGGCGAGAGCAGGAGACACAGGGCUCGAGGCGAGAGCAGGAGACACAGGGCUCGAGGCGAGAGCAGGAGACACAGGGCUCGAGGCGAGAGCAGGAGACACAGGGCUCGAGGCGAGAGCAGGAGACACAGGGCUCGAGGCGAGAGCAGGAGACACAGGGCUCGAGGCGAGAGCAGGAGACACAGGGCUCGAGGCGAGAGCAGGAGACACAGGGCUCGAGGCGAGAGCAGGAGACACAGAGCUCGAGGCGAGAGCAGGAGACACAGGGCUCGAGGCGAGAGCAGGAGACACAGGGCUCGAGGCGGGAGCAGAAAACUGGCUGUAUGCACAUGGCUAG